AUGCCCAUUAUCUAUGGGAAAAGCCAAAUGAGUACAGCGGAUGAUCUGAGAGGUCAUCUCCGUUCGAUUACCACUAAGAAGGAAUGCUUCCAUAUAGCCUCUCUCUGCUUUAAGUUCUGGAAGGAGAAAUUUGCUCAUAUGGAUCACCUGAUCGGCAUUAUCCGCCUUUUAGGUUGGUUUGCUGCCUCCUGUGGUAGGCCUGUUUUGUAUUCUACAAAAUUCUUUAACACUUCCCAAGAUUAUAUGGUCAUGGAGCCCUAUUCUCUAUGGGUUUAUGACAAACUAAAAAAGAGGAAACGUAAGGUAACUCUGUCAGUCUCUUCCCAAGAUAAGAGAGAUCGAAAGAAGACUGAAAUCUCUACGUUCGUCAACUUCAUCCAUCAAAAGGAUGCUUUUAUUGCCAUGAGUGUAAUAGAAGACAUGAGAAAGGACGGAUAUCCUAUUUACACGGUGCACGACAACUUGAUUUGUACUAUUACAAAAAGUCAAGAUUUACCCGGUAUUUACCGGAAAGUCUUUCACGAUCUGGGUGCUCCCCUUAAGCUUGUCAACAAUAUGAUUUGGAUGAAUCUGAUUUCAAUCCCUAUUGAGAAAGGGAUUGCGGGUGAGGAUAAUUCUUUGACAGAAAAGAAAAGGAUGUCUGUCAGAGUGUAA